AUGCUUUCUUCACCACAAAAGUUUGCAGCAAAUGUUCUCCUCUUCAAUGCCAGUGCUAGAAAUAGCGGCAACACCGUUACUAUCCUCAAAGCUAUUAAGGAAGGUAUUGAAUCAGUCGGAAAAACUGCGGAAAUUGUUCAUUUAGACAAAUUAAAGUUCAGUGGUUGCCAAGGAUGCCUUCAAUGCAAGAGACCAAAUGCUCCUGCUUCUUGUAUCAUUAGAGAUGAUGCCACAAAAUACAUUGAUCAACUUAAGAAUGUCGAUGCUUUUGUUAUUGGAUCACCAGUUUACUUUGGAAACCUUACUGGACCAUUUUAUAGUUUCUAUCAGCGUGCUUUAUAUUGCCAUUUCAAUUAUUGUGCUGAAAAACGUUCAAAACUUACACGCCCAGUUAAGACUGGACUUGUAUAUACAUGCGGUGCCCCACAAAAUGCGUUUGAAAACAUGUAUGCUCCACAAUUCCAACAUAAUAAAGAUUAUCAUGAAAUGGUAUUCAAAGGUAAGUGCCAAGUCCUUGUAAAUCCAUUCCAACUUCUCGCCAAAGAUGUUUCAAAGUUAUGGAUUCCAAGUGACCCAACUGAGCUUAAGAAGAAAUGGUUUGCUGAACAUCAGGAAGGUGUCUUAAAGCAAGCAUUCGAUAUGGGUGUUAGUCUUGCUUCUGAAUAA